AGAAGGACAACUCUGUAGAAGAGACUUAGAAUGUAAAUGAUAGAUUUAUCUCUCUUGAUACACUAUGAUAAGUUAUUUGAUUACAGAGUGCAUUUUCUGAUGGCUGGUCAGUCAUUUAUCAACAAUGAGAAGGUAGACAAUGAUCUAGGUGGGAACGCUGAAACAGCCUCCCUUGAACUACAGAUGUCGGAAGAUCUUCUAACCUUCAAGAAAACUUCAGUGGAUGUCAGGCCUGCAGCACCAUGUAGAAAGAAGUAUGAAACCUUGAAUGACCUUGACAUCUGUUCACCAGUGUUCAACUUUCCUCGAGCUGUGGCACUUGUGAAGGAACAGCAACAUAGACUUGUCUGUGAUGUUCUGUUGGAUCAGUCCAUUUUACCAGGGGUGGGCAACAUUAUCAAAAAUGAGGCACUUUUUGAUAGUGGAAUAAAGCCCAGUUCAAAGGUUUCGGAGUUAAAAGAUGAGCAUGUGUCCCACCUUAUCAAGAUGACUCGUGAUUUUACCAAUAUUUUCUACCAGUGUCGUAGAGAUGGCAAACCUUUGCAUGUACAUUACAAAAUCUACAGUAAGAGAAAAUGUAAACAGUGCGAUGGAAAGGUGACUAUCUGUCGCCUUGGAGAUGACAGUGAUAGGGUGACAUACUUCUGUCAGGCGUGUCAAACAAAUGACCUCAGAAACAAGCAAAGAAAAUUGCCAAUGAAGGGCAGCCUUCUUGGAUGGGUGAAAACUGGGAAUGAUGACUCGCCAACAACAACAAUAGAACAAACAGAAUGGUCAUGUAACAGCUGUACUUUCAUUAAUAAAGCUUCGUCUACAACUUGUAACAUUUGCCUCAAUCCAAAAUUAAAGUCGUCUUCAUUGUCAGCUACUGGUCUUCAGGAUUCAGACGACUGUGUGAUUUUAGAUGAAAAUGAAGUUAAUCAGCUAGUAAAGAGUAGAAAAAGAUUGUCAUCUGGAAAUGUUGAGUCUGAUAAACCAGUCAAAAGUAGAAAAGUUGACCAAACUGGUGUGCUUAAGGCUAAUGCAGUCACAGCAGCUACAAAUGACCAAUCAAAAUUUAGAUCACAAAUGAAAUCAACCAAUCAGAUUAGUAGGAAUGGUGGUCCCAACCAAUCAAAUCAAAGAGGACAAAGUAAAUCAGUGACCAAUAGCCAAUCACAGCAGGUUUCUCAUGUUGAUAACAAUGAUAAGAUUCCUUUCUGUAAAACACACAAGAGAAAGUGUAGCAUGAAGGAGGUGAGGAAAAAGGGAGACAAUCUUGGAAGAUGGUUCUUCUCAUGCCCUGUAAGGUCAUGCAAUUUCUUUGAGUGGGCAGAUGAGAAGUUCCCAUUGUGUCCCGAUCAUGGAAAGCCAUGUACUAUACGGACUGUAUUGAAGAUAGGACCAAACAAUGGCAGGAAAUUCUUCGCCUGUAAAAUGCCAAAGAAUAAACAGUGCAAGUUUUUUGAGUGGGCAGAAGGUUAUGAUUAAAUAGUGACAGAUUUUAUGAUGGCAUAUGAUAAAUAUUUGCACACUGCAAAUCAUUUAAAUGAGCAGGUUAUAAUUGAACAGUGCAAGUUUUGUAUUGAAGCAACAAGUGAUUGCAACUGAACAGUGGUAACUUUUUGAGUGAGCAUUAUUACCCUCACUUUUUCUAAAUGGUUACAGCCUUUGCUUUUUACAGCAUAAACAAUAGUAUUGUACAUGUUAGUACUGUGUAUUUACAUUAGACUAGUCUUCCAUGUUGAACUUAUGAAAGUAUUUGGUUUUUGUAAGUUUUAGAUAAAUUUUUAUUGUAGAA